CGGUCCUCGCGAUAAGGGGAAGUUUUGAUCGAUAGUAAAGAACUUUAUAUGGCCAUUUAAAUGGAACAAAUACCGCGUCGCUUCAUAAAUAACAAUGGAUUAUUCCUCGUGUAGUUUUAGCCUUACCUGACCUGAACAUUGGGUGUUUCUGACCUUCGAUCCGCCUCGUACCGUCUCCCUAAAUUACUGACCAACCAAACCACCGAGUGAAACACAUUGAGUGAAAUUCAUAUCUCGUGGGGAAAAGACAGAGCGUUUAAUUAAGGUAACCAGAUUACGUCACGCCUUACCUGUGGGUCAGGGCAAUUUUUUUUUCUCAAAACGUGAAACGGUGAAUGUACUUCGCGCCGAGCGGAGUGUGUUUUUUCUAUUCACUCUAGAGAAUACAGAAAUGUUUACAGAAACAGGGAGCUUGCGAUAACAACCACUGUCUAUACAGCUAGCGGAUGAUGUACGGCGCUAUUUACUUUUGAUCGAACUGCGAGGAAAUGUGGGCUGUUUGGGAAUGGUCUCAGAUUGGAUUGUCAUCAUGUGCUUGACAUGUGCUAUUUCAAAAUUCCAGGUUUCGUCAGCAAUAGGACUCGAACGAAAAGCGGAUGAUUACAUCAACUCAUGCAAUGCAGGAUGUUGUAACGAGGACUACUUUUUGGCGUUGGCACCAUGUCCCCCUCCCACAAAGACACACCUUUUAUGUGACAUACCAUUAAAGCUCACGUGUCGGGAAAGGACGUUAAUAUUACGGAAUUGCAUUGUAGAUUUAUCCCCAGAUGCAAUAUCAGAAGUUUUUAAAACGUGCAAUCAAUCAUUAGAAGUGCAAUGUGAAGAUUUUUUUAGUUUAUGCAGAAAUGUUUCCCGUUUUAAUUGUGGAAGUCCCCAGUUUAUCAAACCAUCAUCUACUGCCGUCCCUCCACAAGUUAUAUACACAUCUACACAAUCGUAUGAUGUAACAAACUCUUAUAUGAAUGAUUCUGGUCACGAUGUCGGGGUUACUGGUGGCAGACCAGAACUUCCGGUUCUUAACGCAGGCUCAGGAGACAGGAACUGGUGGCCGCUUCUAUCGUUACUUGCAGUGCCCCUAUUGGUUGCUGCUGUUUGCUUUGUAUGUUGUGCAAGGAAGAGGAGAAAUGGUGGAAGUUUAAAAAUCAGUGACAAAGACGAUGAAGCAAUGGGGCAAAACUUGAUAGAAGCUGAAAAGCAACCUAAGAAGGAAAGUGAAAGGUACAAAAGUCAAAUUGAUUUACACCCGGAACUUCCCUACAUCGACGAAGACGUGGAUGAGAAUGAUAACAAUGAGUCGGAGUCUUGUGUGGACGAUCCCUCAAACGAUAUCAUCGACAUAAAGAUGCAGUAUUAAUAUUUUAGAACUUUUUACAUUAAGAUUAUUUAUUGGCAUAAAUAGAGGCAGCUGAAACAUAACGUUGUUUAUUGAAUAGAAGGGGAUAAAGGGAGAUAAAAUCACUGCCAUUUGAAGGAUAUCCCGAUCAUUUUACGUUGUAUUAUUUUCUUCGGAUAGAGCUUUGUUUUUUUUUCCAUUUUAACGCUUUUUGGGGUUUUGUGUUCUUAUCUAAAAUUUAGUUAGGAGGAGAAAUAAACAAUUAUACAUGUG